GGGCGGGGCGGGGCGCCUCCAGUCCCAGCUCAGCCGAGGGGUUCCCGGGAGGCCUGCCCUCUCCAGUAUCUGCCAGGGGUCUGGUCCCAAGCUUUAAAAAUCCGAGCCGUGGCACUGCAUCCCGACCUCUCCUCUCCCAGCCAGUUCUGGCUGGCUUUUCAAAAGUGUGCAGUUGUCUCCUCCCUGCCCAGCCCCGUCCUCGCCCAGGACCAGCUGUGCGGCCGGCCGGCUUCACUUAGGACGCGAGCGCACCGCGCGGCGCUCACAGUUCAGGCACCUUCGGCUUUCCGCUCUGCUCCCGGGGCCGCUUUGCAAAGUUGGGCAGCUCCAAGCGCACGCUUUGCCUCCGACUUCUCCCUCCCCCGAUUCCAGGCGCCCCCGCUUCCCACGCUCCUUCCACCCGGAGCAGCCUGUCCCAGCGGGCUGGCGGCUCGCACCCCUGUCCAGUCUUCCUCCCCGACCAUGCUGUUCAGGGGCGUCCUGCUGGCAGUGCAAGCAGCCCUGCAGCUUGUCGGUGCCCUGGACCUGCCCGCGGGAUCCUGCGCGUUCGAAGAGAGCACCUGCGGCUUUGACUCGGUGUUCGAGUUCCUGCCGUGGAUUUUAAACGAGGAAGGCCAUUACAUUUAUGUGGACACCUCCUUUGCCAAGCAGGGGGAGAAAGCCGUGCUGCUGAGUUCUGAUCUACAGGCUGAGGAAUGGAGCUGCCUCCGAUUGGUCUACCAGAUAACCACGUCUUUGGGGUCUCCAUCAGAGCCCAGCCGGCUGAACCUCUAUGUGAGAUUUGAUGAUGAAAACUUUGAUCGCUUGCUUUGGUCAGCCAAGGAACCUUCGGACAGCUGGCUCAUAGCCAGCUUGGACUUGCAAAACAGUUCCAAGAAAUUCAAGAUUUUAAUAGAAGGCGUGCUAGGACAUGGAAAUACAGCCAGCAUUGCAGUCUUUGAAAUCAAGAUGACAACUGGCUACUGUAUCGAAUGUGACUUUGAAGAAAAUCAUCUCUGUGGCUUUGUGAACCGCUGGAACCCCAACGUGAACUGGUUUGUUGGAGGAGGAAGCAUUCGGAACUCCCACUCCAUUCUCCCGCAGGAUCACACCUUCAAGAGUGAACUGGGCCACUACAUGUAUGUGGACUCGGUUUACGUCAAGCACUACCAGGAGGUGGCACAGCUAAUCUCCCCAAUGACCACGGCCCCCAUGUCUGGCUGCUUGUUGUUUUAUUACCAACUCCAGCAGGGGAAUGACAACGUCUUCUCCGUGUAUUCGAGGGAUGCGGCCGGCCUGUAUGAGGAGAUCUGGAAAACGGGCAAUCCAGGGAAUGCUGACUGGAACCUCGCUGAGGUGGAGUUCAGCGCCCCGUACCCCAUGGAGGUUAUUUUUGAAGUUGCCUUCAACGGUCCCAAAGGAGGGUAUGUUGCCCUGGAUGAUAUUUCUUUUUCUCCUGUUCCCUGCCAAAAUCAGACAGAGCGUCCUUUUAGUGCCGUAGAAGCAAGCUGCAAUUUUGAGGAAGAUCUCUGCAACUUUUACCAAGACAAAGAAGGCCCAGGCUGGACCCGAGUGAAAGUAAAACCAAACAUGUACCGGGCGGGAGACCACACUUCAGGCUUAGGGUAUUUCUUGAUGGCCAACACAAAGUUUACGUCUCAGCCUGGCUACAUUGGAAGGCUCUACGGUCCCUCCCUGCCAGGAAACUUGCAGUAUUGUUUGCGUUUUUACUAUGCCAUCUAUGGGUUUUUAAAAAUGAGUGACACCCUAGCAGUUUAUAUCUUUGAAGAGAACCACAUGGUUCAAGACAAGAUCUGGUCUGUGCUGGAGUCCCCAAGGGGCGUUUGGAUGCAAGCUGAAAUCACCUUUAAGAAGCCCAUGCCUACCAAGGUGGUUUUCAUGAGCCUGUGCAAAAGUUUUUGGGACUGUGGACUUGUAGCCCUGGAUGACAUUACAAUAGAAUUGGGAAGCUGCUGGUCUCCAGAGAAGCUUCCAACUCCACCUGGAGAGUGUACUUUCGAACAAGAUGAAUGUGCAUUUACUCAGGAGAGAAGGAACCGGAGCAGCUGGCACAGGAGGAGGGGAGAAACUCCUACCUCCUACACAGGACCAAAGGGAGAUCACACCACUGGGGUAGGCUACUACAUGUACAUCGAGGCUUCCCACAUGGUGUACGGACAAAAAGCACGACUCUUGUCCAGGCCUCUACGAGGAGUCACUGGAAAACACUGCUUGACUUUUUUCUACCACAUGUAUGGAGCAGGGACUGGCCUCCUGAAUGUUUAUUUGAAAAAGGAAGGUGACAGUGAAGAGGCCCUCUUAUGGCGAAGAAGAGGUGAGCAGAGCAUCUCCUGGCUACGAGCGCUGAUUGAAUACACCUGUGAGAGGCGACACCAGAUAAUUUUUGAAGCCAUUCGGGGAGUGUCAAUAAGAAGUGAUAUUGCCAUUGAUGAUGUUAAAUUUCAAGCAGGAUCCUGUGCGGAAAUGGAAGCUAUAACUCAGCAAUCAUCAGGAUAUUCUGAGGAUUUAAAUGAAAUUGAGUAUUAAGGAAUGAUCUGAAUCGGAUUAACUAAACAAAGCCAUACCUCUCUUCAAUCAAAAUGAAAAAAAAAACAAAAAAUGAAUGAAUACUGGACAGUCUUAACCGUUUCAUAAGUUAUAAAAUGACUUCAGAGCACUCUUUUUCAUUACUUUUGCAAAAAAUACUGACUCAGGGCUUUUUUUUUU